AUGAUCACCUGUCAGAUGCGGCGCCUGCGCACUGGCCUCGGAGGCGGAGUGCUUGCGCGCUAUCCGCUGCCCUGUGCCCUCCAUCCCCCCGGCGAUAGGCAUCCACGGGAACGGGGGUUUCCGAGCGGCUCUGUGGAGAACGGGGAGCCCGGUGGGCUGCUGAGGAAGGUACAGCUUCAGCCGAUUCGACUCGAUCGUGGCGCCUUCGUGUUUGACAUUGUGACCGCGGAGGGUGCAGCCACACCACAGGCCUCUGCCGGAGAGCCUGGACAGAGAGCGGACAACUCCUGCUCUGAUUCCGACAGUCCUGUAGAUUCCAGCUCCUGCGAGGAAGUUGAGGACGAGGAGGAAGAGGAGGACGAGGAGGAGGAGGAAGAGGAGGAAGAGGAUCCAGCAAUGUUUUCCUCCAAAUUUCUUAGCGGGGCCAACCCCCUGAAUGCGGUGUCCUCUGCUGUGAACAAGUUCGGAUUGUUUGGAGAUGACGGGGAGGGGGACAAAAAGUCCCCUCCGCAGCAGGGGAGGAAGCCAUCUGGAGAACAGCAGCCCGGAGCGGGCCCUGGAAAAAACUCUCAACAACAGCAGACGCCCACGGGGCAAAAGCCUCAGCCUGUUCAGAAGCAAGGAUCACCGAAGCUGCAAAGUAACGAACAGGCUGGACCCACGAACAAGCCUGCGGGACAACAAGCGACGUCAAAUACGGGGGCAGAAUCCCUCAAAAAACAACCCAAGGGCCCGUCGCAGCAGAGUUCACCGAAGCCUGGAGUUCAACAACAAGUUCCAACCAAGAGUGGUUCACAGCCAGAAUCUCCAAAGGCAUCGUCACAACAGCAGGUCCCACCUAAGACAAAGAUUCAACAGGGCCCCGCUAAGACCGGUGCACAGCUACAACAAUCUACAACACCCGGGCCGCAAGGAUCCCCAAAGAUUGUAACAGACUCAAGGCAGCAACAGCAGCAGUCCCCUAAAAUUGGACAGCAGCAAGACUCAGCAAAGGUGGGACAACAGCAAAAAGGAGCCCGGGCCUCACCUCAGCUGCAGCCUUCUGGAAAACAACAAGGUAUCGGGGGACCAGGCACGCCUGAUCUGACGCCAGCAGGUUCUCCAUCACCAGGAGCAAAUAAAGGCAGAUCUCAGUCAAAAACAGCCACCAAAUCCCUUUGCCCAGUGUGCAACACCACAGAACUGAAUAUGCAGAAGAAAGAACCACCUAACUUUAAAACCUGUACGAAGUGUAAAACUGAGGUGUGCAGCUUGUGUGGCUUCAGCCCCCCUGACUCCGAUGGUCGCGAGUGGCUUUGUCUCACCUGCCAAAUACAGAGAGCUCAAGGAACUCCUGAGCCGGUUGUACCCGCCACAAAAAAAUUGUCACCCAACAAAACUGCUGCUCCACAAUCCUCGACAAAACCCACUUCUGAACCUGUCAAAAAAGAUAUGUCAGCACCUGGUUCACCUCAGCAAAUGCAGUCUAAAUCAAUUAAGAUGCCAGCCAAGGAUGAAACUGCAAUGAGACAAACAGAUCAAAAACCUGCUAGUUCAGCGUCUCCUCAGAAAAUGACACCUGAGAUUCAAAGAGCCUCUGGAUCUCAAAAGCCCCCUCAGACUGGUCAAAUGGGACGAAAGCAAAGCAGUGCCACCCCAGCUUCUCAACAGGAGUCUGGAGGUUUAUUUGGCUUUGGGGGUGCUAAAACAGAGCCAGUGACUGGGAAGAUGUUUGGAUUCGGCUCCUCUAUUUUCAGCUCUGCAUCUACUUUAAUAGCAUCUGCUGUUCAGGAUGAACCUAAGACGCCACCAGUUUCUCCUAAAGCACCCCAUGUCCAAAAGUCAGAACAAGACAAAAAACUAGACCAACCUCAGCCGGCAAAGUCACAGCCAGCAACACAGAGUAAAGUGGAAAAAUCUACCACGGAGGCUCCAAAGGCAGCAGCAACCACCCACAGUGCUCCCAGAGGAGGCCAAUCCUCUUGUCCGCUCUGUAAGAUGUCUCUCAACGUGGGCUCCAAGGACCCUCCAAACUAUAACACUUGCACUGAAUGCAAAAGCAUUGUGUGUAAUCAAUGUGGAUUUAAUCCCAUACCAAAUGUUAAAGAGGGAAAGGAGUGGCUCUGUCUAAACUGCCAGGUGAAACGAGCUGCUGGAGGAAUUGAACCUCCGAGAGAAACAUCUCCGGCCAAUUCAUCGAAAAAGGCUGCUGCAUCGCAGCCUGCCCCACAGAAGACUCCUGCACCAGGUUCUCCUCACAAAAAACUCUCUACAUCAGCAGAACAACCUGCCAAGGUUGAAAGGCCAGAAAGCCAUAAACCAGUCAGUCCAGCUCCUAGUCAGAAAACACCUCAGCAGAUUCAGAAGACAGCACAGCAGAAACAAACAGAUCAGACAGCUCCCAAUGUGCAGAAACAGGGAACCCCCGCAAUGCAAGAGUCUGGGAGCUUAUUUGGAUUCGGUGGACCUAAAAGUCAAAUUGACGCUGGAAAGUCCUCCGAGUCAGUGACGGGGAAAAUGUUUGGUUUUGGUUCGUCCAUCUUCAGCUCUGCUUCCACUUUGAUUACCUCGGCUGUUCAAGAUGAGUCUAAAAUUUCACCUACGGUUUCCCCCAAGAUGUCUCCUGCAAGGAACCCCAAAUCUCCAUCUGUAAAGAAACCUGAACAGAAACCACAGCAAGCCAAGGAAUCCCCACCUGUUCAACCGAAAGCAGACAAUCCUCCAUCAGAGCCAAAGAAAUCUUCAGCUUCACCGGUUGUCUCCAAAGCAGGUCCUCCUGCCUGUCCUCUCUGUAAAGUGGAACUCAAUGUGGGCUCAAAGGAUCCUCCUAACUACAACACCUGCACAACUUGCAGAAAUAAUGUCUGUAAUCAGUGUGGAUUUAAUCCCAUGCCAAAUGUAAAGGAGGUAAACGAGUGGCUUUGUCUCAACUGCCAGAUGCAAAGAGCACUGGGGACAUCUAAGCCUCCAGGAACUCCAAUGAUGAAGCUGCAGACCUCCCCAAAUAAAACUGCUCCAUCUCCCAGUGCCCUGAAAAGGGAAACUCCUCUUCAACAGAAAGGCAUUGCAACAACUGUAAAAUCCAAGGAGGCCUCACCAUCAGGCUCACCACAAAGGAAAACAUCAAAUUUAGAUAAGCAGCCAGCAAUGACUGAAGUCAAGAAAGAAUCUGAAAAUCAGAAACAGGCCAGCACAGUUUCUGGUCAGAAAAUUCAACAGCAAGGCCAAAAGACAGAUCUCCAGACACCUCCAAACCAGACAAGUCAGGCUGGAAGUAAAAAGAGUAAACAAGAUGAAGAGAGAGGGCUCUUAAAUUCUGGUGGCGCCAAACCUCAGCCUGAUGUUGCAAAACCUGCUGAAUCGCUAGGUGGCAAAAUGUUUGGUUUUGGUUCUUCUAUAUUCAGUUCUGCAUCCACUUUAAUAACCUCGGCUGGUCAAGAUGAGUCAAAAAAGACACCACCACUUUCUCCGAAAAUGCCAGCAGCAGUGGGAUCGAAAACGCCUCCUGUCCAGAAGCCGGAACAGAAGAAAGCAGAGCAAGCACAACAGCCCAAGACGUCACCACUACUGCAACCUAAAACAGAUAUAGCCCCGGCUGGACCUCAGAAGAUUGGGGGGGCUCCGGAUGUUUCAAAAGUAGGACAGAAUACCUGUCCUCUGUGUAAACUGGAACUCAACUUUGGCUCCAAAGAUCCUCCCAACUACAACAAAUGCACUGAAUGCAAGAGCACUGUUUGUAACCAGUGUGGAUUUAAUCCAAUGCCAAAUGUAUCAGAGGUCAAAGAAUGGUUAUGCCUGAAUUGUCAGAUGCACAGAGCUCUUAGUGCAUCUGAGCCCACCGGACCAGUCACCAAACCACAAAGUGGACCUCCCUCAUCUGUACAACAGAAAAUAACAGGUCCCAGUCAGAAGGAAAGCUUAAAGAAAGAAUCAGAGAAAUCUGAUACGAAGACAGAAACUCCAGUACCGGUCUCAGUUCAAAAGCAGGCAGGCUCCACACAAAGUUCUCCUCUGAAGACGCAGCACGCAGCAGUGCCACCUACAACUAAGGCUGCCGAAGGAAGUCCGACCCCUGGUCAGAAAACACCUUUGGGUAUCAAAGGGGUAUCUGAUACUCAGAAACUAGCUGACCAGGGAAGUCAACCAGGAGUCAAACACAAAGUUACACCACAUCCACAGGAGCCAGUGAAACCUCCCGCUCUGAGUGGAUCUAAAACAGGGCCUGAAUCCUCAAAAACAACAGAAUCUUUGGGUGGAAAGAUGUUUGGAUUUGGUUCCUCUAUUUUCAGCUCAGCAUCAAAUUUGAUAUCAACUGCUGUUCAGGAAGAAUCUCGGACCACCCCACCGGGCUCUCGUAAGAUGUCUGCACCAGCGCAAGUCUCUCGCAAGAUGUCUGCUGUGCCUAAGGUUUCCCCAAAAGGCACACCUACACUUUCUCCAAAACUAUCACCAGCAAGAGAACCAAAAACCAUUCCUCAGAAACCAGAGGAAGAGAAGAAACUGAAUGAAUCCCAACAAGAGAAAGGGGGAAAAGUUCCACCACAGCAGAGGGCAGACCCAGAUGCAGGUCAGACCACGUGUCCACUCUGUAAGGUCCAGAUGAACGUCGGCUCCAAACAACCUCCCAACUGCACCACCUGUACUGAGUGCAAGACCACUGUUUGCAACCAAUGUGGUUUCAAUCCCAUGCCUGGUGGAGAGGUGAAGGAGUGGCUUUGUCUUACCUGUCAGAUGAAAAGAGCUGUUGGAGCUGCUGAGCCUCCAGGAUCACCCGCUGUGAAGCCCCAGACAUCACCUAGUAAAGUUCCUUCACCUGUUCCUGUUCAGUUGGCAGAUAAUUCGAAACCAGCACCUCUUAAAAAGAAGGAUCUUCAAGACUCUGUGGAGCAAAAGCAGGAGCCUGCAGUGCCGGUCUCCUCACAGAGAAAACAAUCAACACCAUCAAACAAACCUGAAGCUGGUGCUCCAGUGAAGCAAGCUAGCCCAAAACCUGAUCAGAAAAAACUACAACAAAAAGAGGGACCUGUUCCUGAGAAAGUGCAAGAUCAGGCAACACAACCUGGACGUAAGCAGAGUAAUGCCACCUCAGAAACAAAGCAAGGGUUAGGGGGCUUCUUAAGCUUUGGUGAUGCCAAAGGUGACGCUACAAAAGCUACAGAAUCAGUGAGUGGAAAAAUGCUGGGCUUUGGUUCCUCCAUUUUCAGCUCUGCGUCCACUAUGAUCACAUCAGCUGUUCAGGACCAGCCGAAGACUACUCCUCCAGUUUCUCCAAAGAUGUCUCCUGCAAAAGAGUCCAAAUCACCAACGACUCAGAAGGUAGAACAGGGAAAGAAACCAGAGCAACUACAGCAAAUAAAGGAUAAAUCAUCUGUACAGCCAAAAUCAGAUGACACUACAUUGCCUGCUUCCCAGGCAAAAGAGCAGUUGAAGAAAGAAGAGGUUAAAGUUGACAAAGUCCCAUCUGAGGCGCCAAAGCCCGAUGCAUCAGUCAAACCGGGGCAAUCCGCCUGUCCUCUUUGUAAGGUCAAACUCAACAUGGGCUCCAAAGAUCCUCCGAACUAUAAUUCCUGCACUGAAUGCAAGAAUACCGUCUGUAUGCAGUGUGGAUUUAACCCAAUGCCAAAUGAAACAGCAGUUAAGGAGUGGUUGUGUCUCACCUGCCAGAUGCAGCGGGCCCUCGGAGAAGCACAGCCCCCAGGGGUUACUUCUCUCAAAUCUCAGACUCCUCCCAAACCACAACAGAAAGACAAUACAGGUUCAGCUGGGCCUGAAAAGAAAGAGACAUCAGCACCGCAAUCGCCGCAGAGGAAGCUGUCAACUACAGCACAGCCAGUGGUAUCUGCAAACGCUAACAAGCUAGUACAGCAGAAGCCAGCCGGCCCAGUUCCAUCUCCGAAAAAAACACAGGAGAACCAAAAACCACCAGGCCCUGACAAAUCACCUAUGCAGACAAAGCCAUCUGAACGGAAGCAGAGUAAUGCCAACGCGGUGCCACAGAAAGAGUCAGGAAGCUUCUUUGGUUUUGGUGGUGGUAAAACUCAACCAGAAGCUGACAAGCAAGCCGAGUCGGUGAGUGGGAAAAUGUUCGGCUUUGGUUCCUCUAUUUUCAGCUCCGCAUCCACCUUGAUUAACUCAGCUGUCCAGGACCAGCCUAAGACCACUCCACCAGUUUCUCCCAAGAUGUCUCCAGCGAAGGAGAUCAACUCCGCUGCUUCCCAGGUGAAGAAGCCGGAACAACUGCUGCAGAACAAGACACUUCCAGUGGUGCAGACCAAAUCAGACAAAGCUCCUGUAGGGCUUCCAAAAGCUGAAGGAGCCUCCUCACAAGCUGCUGUUAAACCACAGCAAUCAACAUGUCCACUUUGUAAGGCAGAAAUCAAUGUGCAGUCCAAGGAUCCACCAAACUACAAUACCUGCACUGAAUGCAAGAAUACAGUCUGUAACCAGUGUGGAUUUAACCCUGUACCAAAUGAAGCAGAGAUGAAGGAGUGGUUGUGUCUGACUUGUCAGAUGCAAAGAGCACUUAAGGCAACUGAAUCCCCACAGCCUCCAUCAAUGAAACCCAGAGAAGUGUCCACUCCUGGAAGUGCAGCUGCCAAUCAAAAUAAAGAAAGUAUUUCCAAGCAAGAGGCUGGAGUUAAAGACAAAAUCCAGGACAGUCUACCAGAAGAUGUACCACAGAAGAAACAGGAUGAUUCAAAAACACAGACUGCUGCCUCACCAGCUGUGAAAGACAUUUCAGAUGUCGUUUCUGACUCUGCAAAGGGAGAAGAAUGUAGUCUACCCCCUGUUAAAGAUAUUCCACCGUCCUCUGUACCUCAAAACAAAGAGACAGGACUUGUUUCAGACCUCAAAACUUCAAGACUUGAUUCUGUGGUGGCAGCUGAUGUUGAAACUUUAGACAAACAGACCACUCCAAUUGGUACUGAUUCAUCCAAAGUGAAAUCAGAAGAAAGUCAAGAAAAAAUUCACAAAUUGACUGAUCAGCUUAUCACGGCCUCAGAUGAAGUCCAGCACCAACAAGCACUCAAUAAAGAAUCUCACCCAGUUGAGAAGACACCAGCUGAAAGUGGUCCCCCACCACCACAGCCAGCAAGUUUCGGCGGCAUCGGUAGUCCAAAAUCUAAUAGAACUACUGCAGCAGUGACUGGAAAAGUGUUGGGAUUCGGCUCCUCCCUCUUCAGCUCAGCGUCGACAUUAAUAACAUCUGCAGUUCAGGAUGAGUCUCAGACAACACCCAGGGCCCGCAAAAUGUCUGCCCCACAAGUGUCUGACAAGACAUCAGAAAGACAAAUUCCAUUGAACCCCCAACUCUCCCCAAGGAGAAGCUCACUCAUGGAGGGGAAACUAAAUCAGAUUCAGAAAACGCAUCUGGAAAAGAAGCCUGUCCGGCCUCUGGAGGCUAAGGCUCCGACACCAGAACAGAGCCAAGUUCAGAAAGAUCCAGCAGAGCUUGCGAAAACAGAAGUCUCCCAAAUGACACCUGAAGUGGCUCAGUCUACUUGUCCACUCUGUAAGGUGGACCUCAACAUGGACUCCAAAAAUAUUCCCAACUAUAACACCUGCACUGAUUGCAAAACCACUGUCUGCAACAAGUGUGGGUUUAAUCCGAUGCCCAAUGCACCAGAGGUGAAGGAAUGGUUGUGUCUCAACUGCCAAAUGCAGAGAGCUCUUGGAGUUUCUGAGCCUCCGGGCCUGCCUAUGAUAAAACCACAGCCAUCACCAAUCAAAGAAAUCCCAGCAGCUGUACAAAAGAAAGAAACCCCAACCCCAGAUUUCCAGGCAGACAUUCCAAAACAAGAUGCAGCUAGCAAUGACGUUGCUAACAUUAGUAUAACAGAAAAUACUACACCCACCAAUGUUAGUGCACCAUCGAAGGAGCUCACAGCCAUCCCUAAAACCAGCACUUUGCCUGAAAAAAGUGUUUCCCCCACUGUCACAAAGGCUGAGGUUUUACCAGCCACACAAAAGCCACCUUCUGAGAUACCCAAAGCACAGCCUGCUGCACCCCAGAAACAGGCUCAAAAGGUUGACACUUCCUCUAAACCUGCUCCUGCGCCAGAUCCAGAAAAAAGAAAGGCAUCUUUACAACAGUCUCCAAAAGAAAUCGAUUCUCCUGCUAAGCCCGCCCCUCCACCAGUAACAGAAGCAAGAAACCUGCCCUCACAGCAGCCUCCAAAAACUGGAACGUCACCAGCUAAAUCACCACAACCACCAGUACAGCCAGCAAAACAGGAAUCCGGAAGCUUCUUUGGUUUUGGUGGCCCUAAAACACAGCCUACGCCAGCAAAGUCUGCAGAGUCUGUAACUGGGAAGAUGUUUGGGUUUGGUUCAUCUUUCUUGAGCUCUGCAUCCACUUUGAUAACCUCAGCUGUGCAGGAUGAACCUAAAACCACUCCACCCACUCCACGCAAGCUGUCCACUGCGGAUAAAGUCACCCCUACAACUACACCACCAGCCUCUCCGAAAGCAGGACCCACAAAGGACUCCAAAUCACCUCCUGUGCAGAAGACUGAGAAAAAAACAGAGAAACCCCAGCAGGAUAAGACUCCUUCAACAGAACAAGCCAAAGUGGAUAAAACACCACCAGUUCCACCUAAAGAGCCAGGAGGCCCUCAUCAUGCCUUAAAGGCAGAUCAGUCUGUUUGUCCACUCUGUAAGAUCCAGCUCACCACUGGCACCACUGAUCCACCAAACUACAACACCUGCACAGAGUGCAAGGCAACAGUCUGCAACCAGUGUGGAUUUAACCCCAUGCCAAACAUGUCAGAGGUACAGGAGUGGCUUUGUCUAAACUGCCAGAUGCACAGAGCCCUGCAGAUGUCUGAAUCCUCUGGGCCUGCGGUGGUAAAACCACAGCCUUCACCAGCCAAGGUUUCUCAACCUGCUUCUGAACAGAAGCCUGUGCAAAACAAAGACAAGCAGAAAGAGGUCAUUCAAGCAACUGCUCAGAAAAAAGAGCCUCUGGAAGCUGAAACUCCAACGUCAGCUGGAGCGCAGGGGAUGGCUACACCAAAGCAACAGCCAUCGCAAAAGGGACAAGUCGUAUCAACUACUGAACACGAUGCAGCUGGUCAGCCACCGCCAGCUCAAAAGCAGCCACAAGUACAGGCUUCACAAAAUACAAAACUAGGAGAAAAAUCAGCUCCUCCGAAACAAGAACCAAGUAAAUUACCACAGCAGCCGUCAAAAGCUGCGACCCAACCUGUCAAAGCUGUUCCACCCGCAGCUAAGACUCCUAAACAGGAAUCGGGGAGUUUUUUUGGUUUUGGUGCCCCCAAAGUACAGCCUACAGCAGUAAAGUCUGGAGAUUCAGUGACUGGGAAGAUGUUUGGCUUCGGUUCAUCUUUUCUUAGUUCAGCAUCUACAAUGAUAACCUCAGCUGUUCAGGAUGAAGCUAAAAUUACACCUCCUUCUCAAAGGAAGAUGUCCACUACAAGUCCCGUCUCUCCUAGAGCUACCCCACCAGUUUCCCCAAAGGCAACACCUGCAAAGGACACAAAGCCACCCGUUCCACAAAAAUCAGAGCCACCCCCUCAAGCCAAGGCAGAACCAUCAAAACAGGAAAAAGAAGAGAAAGCUUUAGAUGUGUCAAAGUCCACAAAAGAGGUCAAGGUUGCUCCUGAGGUGGGUCAGUCCACCUGUCCACUCUGUAAGGUUGAACUCAACGUGGACUCUAAGGAUCCUCCCAAUUAUAACAACUGCACUGAAUGCAAGAGCACUGUCUGCAACCUCUGUGGAUUCAACCCAGCGCCUCACACAGGAGCGAAGGAAUGGCUAUGUUUGAACUGCCAGACUCAGAGAGCUUUGUCCGCACAGCUCGGAGACUCAGGAAAAAAGCCUCAACCUACACCUGUGCCUACCAAAUCAGAAAUCCAGUCUACACCUGUAAUUAAUAUGGCAGACACCAAACAUGCACCCGCAAAACUUGAGGCCGCACUUGUUGCCACCAAACAAAAAUCUGUACCCACCCACACUGAGACAGGACCAGUAAUUCAAACCACAAAAGAAAAGGAACAAGCUGUCAAAAUGGAAACCAUGGCUACCAUUCCUUCCAAACCAAGUGAACUUGAGACAACACCUGUGUCUUCCACGGCAAAGGUUUCAACAGUUGCAGAAGAAGCACAACCUUUGGCAGCAUCUAUAGCAGAACCCUCCUUAGAUGUUACAAUGCAAAUGCAACAGGCAAAAGAAGUUGCAUCAAAGGCGGAAGUGCCAAGCACCCAACUUCCUGAGGCUUCAAUAACAGAAAAUAAAGAAGCAUCAGUAAAAUAUUCAGAAGUAUCAGAAACUGAAGGUGAAACAGAGAUAUUGACAGCUCCCUCUCUUUCUGUGAUUGAGGUUAAAGAUGCACCUAUACCCCUUAUUCCUGCUGAGAUUUCAGUGUCUAAAGUUGUUAUAGAUACUGAUACAAAGCUAGAACUCUCUGAGCCUAAGAGUAUUAUUCUGGAGGAACAACCUGAAGAUCAUGUGAAACCAACAGAGCCAACAAAAUCUCUGUCACAAGAUGAACAGCAAUCAAAGUCACAGGAACAACAGCCCACAGUAAAAGCAGAACCAGAUGCAGGAGUUGACACCAAGGAAGAGACUGAUAGGAUAACUGAAAAUCUUACAGAGAAUGCCCCAUCUCCAGAUACCCAGCAAUUAUCUACGGAGAGCAUACAUAUAGAAAAUUUAGAUGAAAACAUUGAGGAGCAUGUGGAAAGCAGCAAAACCUGUUUACCUGCAGAGCAUGUUCAAAUGGAGCUUAGCUCGGAAACGAAUAAGCCCAAAUCCAAAACAGAAGAACAUGCUGAUGAUGAACCCCAGGUUAUACCUGUUCUACAAGAGGUGAUUGAGGAGCAGAUGGGAGACGUAAACAAAAGUGAUAUAAAUAUAGAGCCAUCCAUGCCAGUCAAUGAAGACAAUAAAACUGAGAGAAGGCGUCUGAGUUUCCAAGCAAUGGAUGAGAGCAGUGAAAGUGAGCUCACACCCACACCAUCCCCGAAAAUCCAAAGGAAGAACCUAAAGGUUGACAUUGUCACAUCAAGUAGUGAGGACAUCAAAACAGAAAGUGCUGACUCCUCUGUCGAAGAUGAUGAGUUCAUCCGCAAGCAGAUAAUGGGAAUGGGUGAUGAAGAGGAGAUGUGUGUGUCGGAAGAUGAGAAAGAAAAGAAUUUAGAAAAUGAAGAAGUUGUAAAGGAAGUUAAACUUGAUAAUGAUAAUGUAACAAUCAAACCUCUCACUGGAAAUGGUCAGACAGAUAAUGAAGACAACCAAGUCAAGAAUGAACCUGUUCAAAACACUGACAGUGCAACUUCACAAAGUGUUCCUGAAACAGUUCCUGUGACUACUUUCAAGAAAGCUAUUCCAGUUGCAAGGCAAAGACAAAGCACUGAUGAAGAAGUGGAGAGCAUUACAGAGUCCCUGUCAAAAGGCUCAUCUAGUGUUCAGGCAUCUAGCAUUACUCCGGGAAAUUCUCCUACAUCUGCCUCUUCUCUGGAGGAAGACAGUGAUAGCAGUCCUCAUAGAAAGAAAAUUGGUGGGGACAAACGACACCGCAAGGGUAAGCACAGGCAGCCAACCCAGCCUCUCCCCACUAUUGAAGAUUCAUCUGAGGAAGACAAGGGGAGAGCACAUGGCCAACCACUGUCUCCACUUGGAGAUGCUUCCUCUACAGAAGAUCUAAGAGGAGUUACUGUAACGGAUGAAAGCCACAGAACAUCUGGUUCUGAGUAUUCUGCUAGUGUAGAAUCUGAAUCAGAUAAUAGGAGGGCUGUACAGAGAGGACGUAAACCUUCACCAACAGUCAUACCAUACACUCCUUCUGAUCCAUUUAUUGAAAAGGACAAUUUAACAAAAUCAUUGAAGAGUGCUGAGGAAGCAUAUGAGGAAAUUAUUCAGAAGACACAAUCUAUUCCAGGGGAGAGUCCUCCUGAUGUGGAGCCACUCUAUGGAGGAAUGGCAAUAGAGGACUAUCUGUAUGAAUCUUUAGUGGAGGAGCCAAAAUUAAGUGAAUCUGUAGAACCCAAAAAUGACACUGACACUCAGCCUGUUAAAAAACUGAGGUCCCCAGAGGAGGUUUAUGAAGAAAUGAUGCAGAAAAAAAGAGAACUUAUUAUGAUAGAGCAGGAAUUUCAACAAGCCCAAACUGCCAUGGAAUCCUCUUCAGAGUCUUUGGUACAUGAUGUUCCAUUGGUCUCUGAAAGCUAUGUGGUGAUCAUACCCUGUGAAGAUACAAAGAUCAAUGAAGAAAGUUCUGUAUCUCCUCCAUGCAUGGAUACAUUAAGUGAAUUUCCAGCAAAGAAAAAGAAACGUCCAGCCCCUCCACGCCCCUCAGAACCCCCCAAGCGUCCAGAGGUAAAUGUUGUUCCAAGUACUACAAGUGUUUCUAUAAGUUUUAUUAGGCCCAUGGUUCCUCAAGAUCCAGCACUUAGAAAAGCAUUGUUCCCCAUACCAGACCUUAAAAUUACCCAAUGUUCAUCUGGCGAGGAAGAUGAUGACAGUCUUGCAGACGAGUAUGCAAUUGGUAUUUCCUCUGACAUUACCCCCAGUGAUGACUCUGAGACUAAGGAUGAUCUAUCAAGUAGUCCAGCUUUGUCUGAGACCACUGAAAUGGAGCCUAUAUGCGUGGUCUGUGAAAUUCCAGAGCCAAAACCAAUUCCAUCUCCAAUUUCAGCCCCAGAGCUAACCACUACGCCUUCACCUGUAUCCCCAGUAUCCUCUCCUACUUCACCAGCCACUCCAGAUUCCAGUUUGGCUUCAAAUGCAACAUCCUCUUCAACAUUUCAGGCUCAAACACCACUUUCAUCAGAUUCAACACCACUGUCAACUCCGACACCCCCAUCUUCAUUUAAAGACCAGUCAAUUCCAGGUACCUCUAUGCCAACACAUGCUGUAACUGUUACAGCAGUUACUGAAAAUGUAAUAUCUUAUCCAACACCAACAACUGCUAUUGUUACAAUACCUGAUGUUGUGACUGAUCCAUCCAAAGCUGAAAAAACAGGGGUAUUUCAAGUUAAGACUUCUACAACUGAAGGCCCUACUCCACCUCAAGUGGACACAUCUAUUGGUGAACCUGUUGUAGUCCAAAUGCCUGACUUGGUUUCAUCUCCAUCUCAGGUAACCAAUAAUGUUCCAACUGUUUCACAAGUGUUAGCACCAAGCGCAGUUCCCGCAGUUGUCUCAGUUCAUACUUCUCAAGCUAGAGUUUCAUCUGUUGUAACCUCCACUCCAACUUUUGCACUUGUAAGUUCAGUAUCCUGUUCUGGACCAGUUGUUGUUCAAAUGCCCGACCUGGUUUCAACUACAGCUCCAAUCACUGCAGACAUCCCACAACCAAUUUCAGCCCUUAUAACAGCCUCGGCUCAAGCCGAAGCUAAAGUGGUACACUCAGUUCCUAUACAAUCACCCAUUUCAUCUGUUAGCCCUGUGGUAGUCCCAACUCAAGCUUACAGUGAACAGGGACCUCCACCCACUCCCGCAUCAACUACUGUUGUCAAAAAGAAGGUUCCACCUCCACCGCCCCCCAGGUCUACUUCAGUGUCAUUGCCUGAGGCUACUAUAGGGAUUCCAGCUGUAAAAUGUGCAAAUGUUACACCAAUGACAUCGGCUAUUGGAACCACAGUGGCUACACAGCCAAUGCAAUCCAUAGUUGUAGAUAUACAGCCAAGAAUGGAAGAUAUACAACCAGAUCAUGCACUUGUACCUCAAAUAGUGACCCCAACCAGGCAAGGUCAUGUUGUAAUUAUCGUGCCAAGUGUGGAAAAUGUAUCUCAAGUUGGAAAGACCACACAGGUUGUAGCUAACACAGGAGAAACAACUGUUUCUCUACAAUAUAGCAAUGAAACAGAUACGCAUUCUGUAUCAGAUAUAAACAGGAGGGAUAUACUCCCCCUAUCACCAAAUACCUCAGCAGUGCAAGAAGUUUCAGCUCCACCACUUCCACCAACACCACCCAUGGGAAUAAAAGUAAUGCAUAGUAAUGUGGAAGUGCCUGUUCCAGAUUCAAGACCAUCACUUCCCUCUACAUUGCCUAAACCAGGAGUUUAUCCAAAGCCACCAAUAACCACACCAGGCACAACUACCACAGCAGCAGGAUCAGGUGUUUCUGUCACAUCUGGUCCAAGUCAAACUAGCAAGCCUCCUCCCAUACCACCUAAGCCUAUAUCAAUUCCAGCCGGACUAGUUUUCAGCCACAAGGCAGGAGAGAGUGUCAAGCCUCCCCCUCCUUCUGUUGCACCAAAAGCAGCGACACUGCCCAGGACGAAAGAACCUCCAAAUGCUCUGUCACUUAGCCUGACACGACCUGUUGAGUCCAAGUUAGGUGCAGCAUCUCCAAAGUCACCUGUGUCUCCAAGACAUACCAAAUGCUUGCAAACCUAUGUUGUAAUUACUCUUCCAUCUGAGCCUGGGUCACCAACUGAAACCAUAACAGUCCAGGCACCAGUUAGGCGAGGUUCCAUUCCAUCCUCAAAUAUUUCAGGGAUAAGGACAACACCAUUAGAGCAGAAAACACCUAUGGAGGUCUUCUCAGCACCGGCUACAGUUAGAAGAGCCUCUGUUCCCGCUGUGAAGCAUCCACCUCCAAUUCUUAUGGCUCUUGAUGUGGCAACAGAGCAAGUCACUUCAUCUGAGGAAUUGGAUACCACACAAGCCAGGAUAGACUCUGUACCAUCUGCUGUGCAACCACCAUUGUCUGCGGCUGAUAUCAUUACAGUGCCAUCUGAUCAAGAUACCUCCAUUAAGGUCCAAACCGUUCUUCUUCCAAUUAAAAAACCCUUUGUACAGCAGCAACAGCAAGUAAUUCAGUCAUUGCCACCUGCUGAAAUAAAAUCGGACAUCGCCACAAUAGCAGACAAGCCAAACAUCCACAAUAAACCACAAACAGUUCAAGCUCAAGAACAGUCAAUGCCAAAUGUUCCUCAACAACCAAGCAUAAACACAGAAUUCAGAACAUUACUUUCAGCAGGAAUGACUGAAAAAACUGUUCCUCAGACAAUUGAAACUGUGUUACCAAACUUUCCCACAGAAGUUUUUGCUAAAUCCAUGCAGCCUGAUGUACCUUUAGAUGCUGUUGUCAUAGAAGACACACCAAGUAACGUAAUUCCAGCUGUUGCUGAGCCACAGAUUUCAUCAAAAACCGACAAGUUACAGCAAAUACAGAAUGAACCCACUCAAGUUAUUGUCAUAGGAGCAGUUCAGGUAACAUCGGCUGCACCACUAAAGCAUCAGGAAAUUGCAGCUCCAGAGCCAUUCACAGUUUUUGAAGCAGGGAUUCAGACAAAAGUACAAGAAUUAUCUUCAUGUUUUAAUACCUCUCCCAAUUCUGGAUUCUCAUUACCACAAACUGUGUUUUCAGAAAAUCUGCCUACAGUGACACAACAGUUACCACCACGACAGCUAAAUCUAGUGAGUGAUGUUAUGACCCUCCCUAUGAAGGAGGAAUUUCCCACAGAUGCUAUUACAAUUGACAGUAGUAUGAAAACACCAGUUGUUGCAGACUCACCUUCUGUUCUUGAUCAUCACACUGUUGUAACUGAAGUUACACCAAGAUCUGUUAUACCAGAGGUAAUGCCACAAUCUACAGUAACUGUUCGUACUGUUGAAGAAACACCAACUCUUCUGAUGGAAGUUGAGCAAAUAACUCACCAGGAUGUACCUUCUAUUGCUUAUAUUCCACAAAAAUAUGGAGCAAUUACAAAUUCAAUUAUGUCACAGCCAGCAACACCACUGGAAGUCAGAGCAUUGCAGUUUGGCCAUGAGACACCUGCCAGUGUCAUAACAAAGGAAACUGAUUCAAAACAUGCCUCAAUCCCAUCAUCAGAAAUACAGCCUCAGGUAAUAGCAGGAAUACCUGUUAUUACAACUGAGGAGAUGACCUGUAAGAGAAGGAUGUCCAUAUCAUCGCAGCCACCAUAUCCAACAAAUUAUAUACUUACCUAUCCCACAGACUAUGAAAUGCCAACUCAAGGGGUUACAACAGAGGCGUUUUCAUCAAGGAAACAAUCCAUAGCGAUGCAGCAACCAUCACCGUGUCCACAAUCAGUCAACAUUCCAGCUGAAAAAGACAUACCUGUGGAUAGCUGUUCUACUCAAGUCCCCUGCAUGACUGACCAUAUUCCUUCCACGGAACACAUGCCACAGAAAAUUACAUAUUCAUCUGAAUAUGAUUAUCCUCUGGAGAUUAUAACCACUGAAGCAUAUACCAGGAAAACCUCAAUUCCUACUGCUCAGGACAUUCCACAGGGAGUAACUCUGACUCCAGUUACCAUCACUAAAUUUCAGCAAAAAUCCAUAGAGAGCCAAGAGAUAAGAGGGCCCGAAAAAGUAGUUUCCAGUAUGAGCCACAUGUAUUCAUCAUCUAUUUCCACCUCAGGCCAGCCUCCUGAAAUCUUGCCUAGUUUGGUGACACAGGUGGUCACUACUGAGGUUCAAAGGACCACUGUUUCUGUUGUCCAUGAAAGACUUCCACAAGUCCCACCAUCAAGUGUAGAAGUGACUAUACAACCAGAUUUGACAAAGGUUCAACACGUGCCCAAACAAAAUGGUAGAAUAAUAUAUCCCGGGGAUGUUAUUGAUUUACGGACUGUCAAACCAGGCAUCAAGAUGACGGAUCAGGGCAUGGACCUGACUCCACCUGAGUCCUGUCGACAGUCUUUUUCAAGUGACUUCAGUGGACGACAAAUCACUGCUGUGCAGCCUGAGAUAGUAAACCUCAGUUCGGAGAUCACUCCUGCAACAACACUGUCAGUUGUCACUGACAGCAUCACAAUAGUCACAUGCACAGCCACCAUUGCUUCAUAUAACAACACCCCAGCAGAGAAACCACUAGACUUGCAGGGCCCUGUUACAUCUUUGCCUCUCCCUCUCACAACAUACAAACCAUUUGAACCACUAACACAAAUAGUAUAUAGACCUGUGAAGGCCCAGCCCAUACUCAGUGCUUCUGCGGAUCAAGACAUACCAAUUAAUCUUUCCUUCGAGGCUCUUCUUUCCUCUGGAGGAAAACCGUCAAUAUCUUCAGCUCCAACAAUUAACGACAAUGGAAAUCCAGUUGUUUCUUUAGAAACAACAGGAGCCAUAGACUUAUCAAACUACCGACAAGUAAAGGCAAUGGUAACAUUGUCUGGUACAAAACCAGGGGUGGUAACCACGAUUGUAGAAGAUCAUGGAAUUCCAGUGGACCUUACAGCUGGUAGGAGGAGUGUAUGCUGUGAUGUUAUCUACAAGCUGCCAUUCACUGGAAGCUGCAGACCACAGCCUGCAGUUACAACACAGCCCGAAAACCGUUUUGGAUACAGAGAUGAUCACUAUCAAUAUGACAAGGUUGGACUGUGUGGUAUGAAAGGAAUUAAUGGAAUAAAAUCAUCAGUUUCUGAGACCAAUCUUACAGAGGCUGGACUGUCUUCAUAUGAUCUCAAGAAUGAUUAUGACUACUUCAGCGGAUCUCCAGAUAGUGCAAUAGACCUUACUGCUGCUAAGCUUUCUGCUGGUGAAGCACUAGACUACACUAGCAAAGCUGCCAGAGUCUACCCAGAGAUGAUUCCAACUCCACACUCCCAGGUGCCUGCUGGUGGAUAUGGUGUGAAUACUACCCUAAGAACAUCGGAAGGAGUGGUUUAUUCCUCUGUUGCUGCACCAGUUCCAUCCACAUAUGCAAUUACAACUCAGCCAGGCUCCAUCUUUAGCACUAACUUACCACCUAAUUCAGCAGUCCAAGACCAGUCCUUACCAUAUCCAUAUGGUUUCAUCCCUGAUACAGAUACAGGACAAAUUAUUCCUUUUGAGACAGGGCUCCCUAAAGAGCUUUUACCUACAGCUUUGGCUGAUAUAAUCACUGGCUACCCUGACAUGUACUCAGACACCACCCUUGAAGCUAUUGCUGCUUCUUUGGAUGCACUUGCUUCUUCCCCAAUAUUCCCUGGCUUAGACAACACCAAGAUGGCUCAGUACCAAAUGGAGAGGGAGUUUCUUGAGUUAGAGAAACUAAAGCAGCUAUGUCUUGCUGAGGAGUUGGAGUGGGAAAGACAAGAAAUCCAGCGUUACAGAGAACAGGAACAAAUAAUGGUCCAAAGAGAAUUGGAAGAACUUCAGGCUCUGAAACAGCAGCUUCUCCUCCAACAAGAAGAAGAGUACCAUGCCCACAUGGUGGCACAGCAGGAGACAUAUGCUCAACAGAAAGAGCAGUUGCAGCAAAUCCAGCAACUCCAACUGCAACUCCAGCAUCAGUUAGAUGAGCACUAUGGUACCACUGGUACAACAGGAAACCUUUUAGAAGCAAAAUAUGCAGGGGUAGGAGACAGUGGCCAGUACUGGCCUGUCAAGGAUGAGUCAACAUAUCCAACUACAGCCAUACAUGUAGAGGAGAGUCAUGACCAGCUUAACAUUGUAAAGCUUCAAGCUGAUCAAGACAUAGGGAAAAAAAUACUUGAUAGUGGAGUGCAGACAGAUGAUGAAGACUCUGCAGAGAAACAGUAUAUGGGAAGAAAAAAGAAGAAUAAAAGAAAUAUUGACAGCUCAGCUCAGACUGAUGAUGAGGACCAAGAUGAGUGGGAUGCUCCCACUAAAGCUCGACGGCGCUCUCGAAAGCACAGCAGUGAUGGAAAACAUGGCUCUAAAGUCUCCAGCAUUGCUAUUCAGACAGUUGCAGAGAUAUCUGUACAAACAGACCACUCUGGGACUAUCAAACGGCCCAGCGUCCAAAUGGACACAAAGGUAGAAAUUAUAAAACAUAUAUCAGCUCCCGAGAACUCUCAAAGAAGCGGCAGUCUCAGCUGCCAGACAGAUUUAGAUAGGAGACAUAUAUCCACUGAUGUGGGCUACAGUACACACCUGACUGCCGACACCCCCUCCAAGUCUAAAGUUUUCUACACCCAAGUAUCUACUCUAUCUCCUGAAAAGUCAUAUGGAGGGCAGAGAAUGCUAACUGCUGACCCAACCAGAUUUUCCUCUGGCCCUCGGAUUUUAAAGGCAGGUCAGAAGUCUCUUUCUGAUCCUAAAUCUCUCAGUCCUUCCACAGAAGAUUCGAUGGCUGGAUACUAUGCAGACAGCUAUUCCGGUCGAGGCUCUGCCUCUGGUACAGGUAAAAAAGUCAAGCGAACGUUACCAGACCCCCCUCCCGAGGAUGACACUCUGGCAGGAAGAUCGGGCUACAGCACCAACUCUGCUCGUCGUCGUCUUGCUCGCAGUACAACAAUGGCCCGGGCAAAGAUUUUGCAGGAUAUUGACAAGGAACUUGAUCUGGUGGAGAGAGAAUCAUCUAAACUCCGCAAGAAACAAGCUGAACUUGAUGAAGAAGAAAAGGAGAUUGAUGCUAAGCUUCGGUAUCUGGAGAUGGGUAUAAACCGCCGCAAGGAGGCCUUGUUGAAGGAAAGAGAGAAGAGAGAGAGAGCCUAUCUUCAGGGGGUGGCAGAGGAAAGAGACUACAUGUCAGACAGUGAGGUUAGCAACAUUAGAGAGGCCAGAGGUGAUGGCCUUGAGAGGCCACGGACAGCCCCCCAGUCAGAAUUUGACCAGUUCAUUCCUCCUCAAACAGAAGCUGAUUCCCAGUACAAUACACUAACUAGUCCCUACUCUCACUAUGCUCAGUAUGUACCACAGACCCAAACCACCAGCCACUACUCCCAGCAAAGCCUAUAUCAGCAGCAGUCCCUUUACCAUCAACAGGUGUCUCCUUACCCAACAUUAUCCAUCUCCCAUGCCCAAGCACAGCCUAGUAGCUACCAGCAUGCUCUGCUCCUUCAGCAGGGAAAGCAGCGACAAACUAACGUGUCUGAUUUAGAACCUAAAAUUACCACCGACUACGAUGUGAUACGAAACCAACCUCUGCUCAUAGUGCCAACCUCCACAGAAAGUGGCUAUGGAGUUGCUCACUUGGGGGGAAAGUACAGCAACUUAGACUUGAGGGUUGGAUUAGAGGAGAGGAGCAUGGCCUCUAGCCCCAUGUCCAGCAUUUCUGCUGAUUCCUUCUAUGCUGAUAUUGACCACCACAAUGCCAGAAACUAUGUGUUGAUAGAGGAUAUAGGUGAGCUCACCAAGGCCUCUACAGGACUUAGCAAUACUGGCUUGGGUUCAGGAUUCAGCCUUCCUGACAAGGAGUUAUCCAAGGCAGACAGACUACUCAGGGCAGCAGACGUCAGGCGUACUGCAGAGGUGGCUGAAUUUUUAGGCUCAUCUCGUUAUGGUAAAGGAGAAGAUGACACUAUGGAAGAACCCUAUGAGCUGAAGUUGCUGAAACAGCAAAUCAAGCAAGAAUUCAGACGAGGAAAUGAGGGACUAGAACAUUUAUCAGCCCUGGGACUUCCUCAGUAUUUUCCCAGUGAUGGCAGUUUUCGCCACUUCCCUAAAGGCGAGAAAUAUAGCAUUGGCAGGCUUACACUUGAAAAACAGGCUGCAAAACAGCUCCCAGCAGCUAUGCUCUAUCAAAAACAGAUGAAAAACAAAAAGGCCUUAAUAGACCCAAAGGCUAUAACAAAAUUUUCCCCAAUCCAAGAAAGUAGGGACAUUGAGCCUGAAUAUGGAAGCUACAUGGGAUCUGGGGCCUCCUCUGUGUCCAAUCUGGCAGCUAGGGCUAGAUUACUUCAGGAUGAAAUCACAUUUGGGCUGAGAAAAAAUUUGUCUGAACAGCAAAAAUAUUUGGGUUCCUCCCUUGGGGCCAGUCUUUCUGGUUCUCUUAAUCUCGGACAUUCUAUUGGAAUGGGAUCUACUAUUAGAACCACUGGUCAGGAUGAUGGCACCUACCCAAGUGGCACUCGUUCGCGCCCCUCUUCUCGCCCCUCCUCCCGUCCCACGUCUGUUUAUGGUUUGGAUUUGUCCAUCAAAAGGGACCUGUCCAGUUCCUCACUCAGACUCAAAACAGAAGGGGAAGUUCUGGAUGCAGCAUUUGCCCCUGGAGUUCCCAGAACGAAACCCACCAGUUUACCUAUAAGCCAAAGCCGGGGUCGGAUUCCCAUUGUGGCUCAGAACUCUGAGGAGGAGAGCCCCUUGAGCCCAGUAGGACAACCUAUGGGUAUGGCUAGAGCCUCUGCUGGUCCUCUCCCUCCCAUAUCUGCUGACUCCAGGGACCAAUUUGGAUCAAGCCAUUCCCUUCCAGAAGUGCAGCAACAUAUGAGGGAGGAGUCUCGGACACAGGGCUAUGAUCGAGACAUUGCAUUCAUCAUGGAUGACCUGCAAGGCGCCAUGUCUGACAGUGAAGCUCUAAGUGAGUCCAUGCUGGCUUUCAACAGAGAUGAUGCCAUAAUUUUUCAUGAAAGUAUCAGACACGCCUACCACCUGCGGAGAGAAGACACAGAUUGGUUUGAUAAGCCAAGAGACGGGCAUCCUCAAAGCGGACACAUGUCAAAUCGAAGACAGAUGAAACUGGCUCCCUAUGCCUUCCCCAACACUCGUAUCAAGCUUAAGAAAGACAUGAAAGACCCCAGCAUCUCAGGGAAUGGACUUGGGAUCCGUGUUGUAGGUGGAAAAGAGAUCCCGGGAACCCGAGGAGAGAUUGGAGCUUAUAUUGCCAAAGUUAACCCUGGGGGUGUGGCAGAACAGACAGGAAAAGUUAUGGAGGGAAUGCAAGUGUUGGAAUGGAAUGGUAUCCCUCUAACAGGAAAGACAUACGAAGAAGUGCAAUGCAUCAUGGGGCAGCCAUGUGCAGAGGCAGAGCUCUGUGUUAGACUUGACCUUAAUAUGCUGUCUGACCCUGAGCGUCCACAAGCCCUGGAGCAACAUGUGCAACUCAAGGCUGGUGGGCAGCGCUCUCCUGGAGUGGAUCCAAAGCAGUUGGCUGCAGAGCUGCAGAAAGUGUCCCAGCAGCAAGGACCCGGCAUGACGGGGACAGGACAAGGGAGCUUAGGUGUCCUCUCUGCAUUGGAGCGCUCUGCCCUCCUUCACUCAGGUCCUGGGUCAGCUGCUUCCAGUGGGGUCCCAAGUCCAGGCCAGCCAGCAUCCCCUGCCAUCAACAAGAAACAACGACAAAAGCAAACAGAGAUAACGAAGGCUCCUCAUCCCAUCACUGGAGAAAUUCAGCUCCAGAUCAACUAUGACAGGAACCUAGGAAACCUGAUCGUCCACGUCCUUCAAGCCAGAAACCUGGUCCCCAGGGACAAUGAUGGCUACUCUGACCCUUUUGUGAAAGUCUACCUUUUACCAGGGAGAGGUGCUGAUAACAAGAGAAGGACAAAGUAUGCCCAGAAGACCACGAACCCAGAAUGGAACCAGACUGUAAUCUACAAGAACAUUCAUUUGGAGCAGUUGAAGAAAAAGACGCUGGAGGUAACAGUGUGGGACUAUGACAGAUCUUCCUCUAAUGACUUCCUUGGAGAAGUAUUGAUUGACUUGUCAAACACAGCUCAGCUGGACAACACUCCCCGCUGGCUUCCUCUGAAGGAGCAGAGUGAAAGCAUUGAACAUACUAGAGCCCACCAUGCUGCUCAAGCUCCCCCAGGGUCAGGAUCCGGUCAGGGUUAUGGUCAGGGAGAUAUCCAAAGCCAGGGGCAACUAUCUGGUUCCUCACUGGGGCAUGGGAUGGGUCAAGCACUAGGGCCGAGAGAUGGGGGUCAGGAUUCGCCUAAAAAUUCUGUGAUCAAGAGCAGAAGCCAUGGAAUCUUCCCUGAUCCAGCCAAAGACAUGCAAAUGUUGCCUCUAGAAAAGUCACACAGCAGCCCAGGCAGUUCAAAGUCUUCCUCGGACGGCCAAUUGCGUUCCCAUGGCCCUUCACGAAGCCAAAGCAAGAGCAGUGUCACUCAGGCCCACCUUGAGGAUGCUGGGAUAGCCAUUGCCGCCGCAGAAGCUGCGGACCAGGACACCGACUGGGAGAUGUGUCAGGGUCAGUGGUGCUCUCUGCCCCGAGCCUGGUUGGAGAUACCUAUGGAGAUCUUGAUGGAGAAGGUGUUGGCACUGGAGUGGACAGUGCCAUUUUCCAAGUGCCACGCAUGUGGAAAGACACAAAUUAUGGGGGAGAUCAAGGUUGCUCUUAAGAAGGAGGUGAAAACAGAAGGCGACCAACUGGUUUUGGAGAUCCUUCAGUGCAGAAACAUCACUUACAAGUUCAAAAGCCCGGAUCACCUACCAGACCUGUAUGUGAAGUUGUAUGUGGUGAAUGUGGCCACCCAGAAACGGAUCAUCAAGAAGAAGACCAGAGUUUGUAGACAUGACCGGGAACCUUCUUUCAAUGAGACGUUCAGAUUCCAGCUCAACCCCACUGGACACUCCAUACAGUUAUUCUUGGUGUCGAAUGGAGGGAAGUUUGUAAAGAAGACUCUAAUAGGUGAAGCCUACAUCUGGCUUGAUAAGGUGGACAUGAGGAAAAGAGUGGUAAGCUGGCACAAACUGUUUGUCAGCUCCACUCAGACCAACCCCUGAGGAUCGUGUCAUAAAAAUGCUAAAUGCUGCUGACUGGUGGAAGGUGAAUGCAGAUUGUGAGCAAACAAAGGAUUUCAAGAGAAAGAACAAGAAGUGAUAAAGAUAUUCAUUUAAUUUAUUUCCUCAGCUUGCAAGUCAUGAAAAGAAGGGAAUAAUGUGAAAAUAAAAUUGCAAAUGUAUCAGUCCAACACUGCCAGCACACAUGCCCACCUCUUCCCUAUCAGUCCUCAGCAGACUGUGGACUUUGAUUUAUUGCAAAAAAGCAAAAAGAGAGGCAUGUACUGAUAAGUUCUCCACAGCAAAAUGGCCAUAAUAGCAGUGAUGUCUUUAUUACCAUGGUUAAAAUGUCCCAAACCAAUUAAGGCUAUUGUUUGGAUGUUGCAUGACUAAGCUUUAUCAAAGAAAGGGAAAGACUGACAGAAAAAAUCAUUUCUGAAACUGUUAUAUAUCAUUACUUUGAAAUUCACUGUGGUGAUGUGUGUUGACAUCAGUGGUGAGGUGUUACAGGAUGACGGAAUGCGUAACAAUGUGUGUAUGAUAGUCUUUCCAUUUAUGUUUCAAAGAAAACACACAAAGCCUAUGUAGAACUCAGACUGUUGACCUUUGCAGGGGGAUGGAGAUUAAGUGUACUGGACUUCUGACUUCUAGAUCAGAUCCAAAUCACAUGCAGAUUAUCAAGCAUAUCAGAGAAUUGUACAGUGUCAUAUUUAUGUAACAUAGAAUUCUAUCAGUUGCAUAAUGAAUAUAGAUUCAGUAUAGUGUAUUAGACUUGUUCUCUUGUCAAUACAUGAUAUAUGAAAAUAGAUUAACUACACUUCUUGCUAGAUUGAGGCUGCAGGUGGCGCACUGACAAUCCAGUAAUAUGAGACGUGAGCAGCCCUUACAGCUGUGAGGUGAAUGUGGACCUAUUUGAGUUUAUGGUUGGUCCUAAUCAUGUCCGAUAGAUCCCCCGGGCUUCUGAUCACACAAUCCACAAAGUGUUUGACAGGUGUGUGAUCAUGGGCCACAUCAACAUCCUGUAGCUAGGUUUAAUUUCACUAGAAUCGUAUUGUAGUGCGAAUUAGAAUUUUGAUAAAAAUGAACAGCAUAUUGUGCCCUAAAACCCAAAGCAAACGCUGUGUUGAAUGUUCAUAUACGCGUGUUGAGGAUGGAAAAGGUUUCACUCGUGUCAUGUGUGCAAUAGCUUAUGUUAAGGCUGUUGUAGGGGCAAAAAAAUCGUUAUGUAAGUCUGUUCAUGUUAUCACGUUAUUGGUAUUGGUCUGUAAUUCACAUAAGCCGUGUCAAAACCAUAUGUUCAUAUGUGGCAGCUCUGCUGUCUCUGUGUUAAAAAAAUGUCUAUGAUCCAAGUUUACCCGGAUUUGAGUUCAAAUAUGGUAGAGAACACUCAAGUCUGAUGUUAAGGUUCUUUUGUGUGUGUCUGGCUGUGCUGUCCAACUCUAAAAGUCUUUCCUGUUAUUAAACACAGUGAACCAGCAUCUUUCACUGCCUGUGAUCAGAAUUUACUCUCAGGCCCACUUUGGUUCUUUCAUGUCAAAUCAGAAGGACACAUGGGGCCUGUCUCAUUACUAAUGUGUAUGCAGGUAGUCAUCACAGUUUGCCACCGUGUUUAAAAAAUGAUAAAAUGAAGAAAAACAAAUACUCUCAGAACCAUAACCAGAGUAUUUAGGCAUAUUACAGGGCUGAAGCAUUUUCCAACUAACGAAUACACAUGGAGCAAGAUGUCACUUAGAUAAAUCUGGAAAAGAAAAAAAUGAAUGAAGUGAAGAAGGGACCAUUUGGAUGAUGAUGAUUAUUUUUCUGUGCCAAUAUCAAUUUAGUUUGGAAUUCUUAUUUGUUUUGCAUUAUUUUAUUUCUUACUCUACACUCCUGACACCAUUUGUUGUUUAAAAGUAAUUCUAUGCAACAUAUGUAUUUGAAUGCAUUUGUUAUUGAAACUAAAUGUUUGAUAUGUGAAAAUAUUGUCUUAAAGUCUUAUAAAAAAGUAUCUUUUAUUUGUACAUUGGUGAGAUAGAAAAUAAUAAAUUGUAUUAUUUGUUAUUUAUUUUAAGAUUAUAUAUAUAUAUAUACAUAUGCAUAUAUAUAUAUACAUAUGUAUUCUAAUGUUAACAGCUGUUAACAUGCACAUGGAGCUUGUGCACUUUAAUACCAUGAUUAUUUUGUUGUGUCAUUUUAAUCAUCAUGACAUGCAAGGUGAUGUGGUUUGUGUUUCUGCACUGAAACAAACUGAGUCAUGGUGUCUAUGUAUGGUCAAAGAAAAUAUUGUUGUGUGCAUUUUGUAUCAAUGUGACAGGGGAAAAGCAUACCAACAUGUUGGGGUUCCUAAACAUUAUGCACAAUCUUAAAGGAAACCAUCCUCAACUCCAUCAUGCUCGUAGUGUACCUGGCAGUGUGUGCAAACCGUACCGUAAAUAAGACAUUAUCUCAAUGCUCUGUCAUGCCUGUUUUCCCCUUCGUGUUCCAUUAGACUUCCCUCAAGCUAAAUACUGUUUGUUUAGAUCAGUAAUGCCUGUAAUUGUGACGCCAUUUGUUGUCGUACUGAGGGGUGUGAAUGUGACUCGAGUUGUCUGACGUGUACAUAAAGUGUUUAUUUUCUACAAUGAUUGAAUGUUUAUAUUGUCCAAGGUUUGAGCAUGUGAGUGUUGAAAAAAACAGAAUACAAAAGACUUACAACUGUACAGCAAUGCGUGUCUAUAGUAGGGGAGUUAAGAGCGUAAUCAAAACAAGUGCUGUCCAUAAAUUACUAAUCGUGCAACUAUGUCCUUUAACCUGCUAAAACCACACAAAGGGAAAAAAAACUUCAAUAGUUAUCUGAAACUUUAUGUUUUGGAUGUUGCAUGUUUUGUUGAUGGUUUGUCUGUAUAUUUUUGCCUAAAGAUUAUGUUUAAAAAGAGAGAACAUGUAUAGAUUUAUCUGUAUGCUGAGUGUAAAGAAAUAUGCUUGUAAAAUUGUCUUGUUUUUCACUCACUGUGCAAAAACAAAGCAUAUUAUGUCAUGGUUUUGUGGUUGUACACAGGAUGUGUUGAGAUAUGCAAAUUGUGCUGUAAAAAGAAAAUAAAUACAUGAAUAGGCAUUUCCCCUGACUCAAAAGAAUAAAUAUUAAGAGUUAUAUUCCAAAUGUGAAGUUUGCUCUGUUUUUAAUAUUGUAACUGAAUUCUGAAGAUUUUGACAG